UAUUCAUCAUCAUCACCCUCUGAUCUUCUUUAUUUAACCCUACUCUCUUUCUCCUCUCCCAUCCUCUCUCUUACUAUCUCUGACUCUUGGGAUCCGAUCUCUUUCCGGUGGCUAUUCCCGAUGAUAACUGUCAAAUCUUUUCCAUUUGCAUAACUUCUGCUUUUAGGGUUUUCUCCCUCUCUCUCUCGCUCUCUCUCUCUCUCUCUCUCUAGCUCUGAGUAUUUUAUAGUGUAUUUCAUGAAGUGUUCGAUCUUUCCAAGUACAAGAGGAAGAUUCAAGUAAGCGCAGUCACAUACAAUAACUCAAAUCCUGAGCUUUUUUUGAAGGGCUUUGAGUUAAAUCAACCUGUUUUUGAGUUUUGUUUUUGAGGGCGGCUAAUUUCAAUACGUACGGAAAAAUAAAGAAAGGAUGAAUUCAUUUACUCAAGUACCACCUGGCUUCAGAUUUCAUCCAACUGAUGAAGAACUUGUAGACUACUACCUAAGGAAAAAAGUUGCAUCAAAGAGGAUAGAAAUCGAUUUCAUCAAGGACGUUGAUCUUUACAAGAUUGAGCCAUGGGAUCUUCAAGAGUUAUGCAAGAUAGGAAACGAAGAGCAAAGCGAAUGGUACUUCUUUAGCCAUAAGGACAAGAAAUAUCCCACGGGAACCCGAACCAAUAGAGCGACGAAAGCAGGAUUCUGGAAAGCCACCGGAAGAGACAAGGCUAUAUAUAUAAGACAUAGUCUUACUGGUAUGAGGAAAACACUAGUGUUUUACAAAGGAAGAGCCCCAAAUGGACAAAAAUCCGAUUGGAUCAUGCACGAAUAUCGCUUAGAAACAAAUGAAAAUGGAAUCCCUCAGGAAGAAGGAUGGGUGGUAUGUAGGGUGUUCAAGAAGAAAUUGGCGGCAACAGUGAGGAAAAUGGGAGAUUACAAUUCAUCGCCAUCGCAUUGGUACGAUGAUCGUCUCUCUUUCAUUUCCUCCGAGCUCGAUUCCAGUUCCCCACAACAGUUUAUUCCCAAUCAUCAUUAUAACCGCCACCAUCAUGAUCACCAGCAGACAUUGCCUUGUGGCCUCAAUGCGUCUUCAGCUUAUGCAUUCAACAACAACCCUAACUUGCAAUGCAAGCAAGAGCUCGAGUUACAUUACAAUCACAUGGUACAAUAUCAACAACAAAACCAUCAUCUUCGAGAAUCUGUGUUCCUCCAGCUUCCUCAGCUCGAAAGCCCUAAUAGUAAUUGCAGCUCUCUACCUUAUGGAUCAAGCAACAACAAUAAAAACACAAGAGAUAUUGGUAACUUGCAGCAAUCAUCAAAUCUAUCUCAUGAGCAACAAUUGCAACAAGGGAAUCAAAGUUUCAGCUCUCUUUAUUACGAUCAAGGAGUAGAACAAGUGACUACUGAUUGGAGAGUUCUCGAUAAAUUCGUUGCUUCACAGCUUAGCAAUGAAGAGGCUGCAGCUGCUUCUUCUCAUCAAAACGACAUCAAGAUAGACACGAGAAACACUGCUUAUGAUCAAGUGAGAGAGAAUGAUUCUGAAAGGGUUGUUGAAAUGGGAGAAGAGUAUACAAAUGCUCAUGCUGCUUCUACUUCGUCGAGUUGUCAGAUUGAUCUCUGGAAAUAGUGAUAAAAGUGAAGAAGAUGCAAGGAUGAAUAUAUAUGAAAAAUACAUAUGUCCACUAGUACUGUGUAGUUGAUGGUGGACACAGUUCUAUACUUUAAGAAGAAAGGGGAAAAACAAGGAGUUAUUUCCCGGAUUUAUAUAUGGAGGUUUUGUACAUAAUAAAAACCUACAACAACAAUAUGGUAUUUUCUUUUGAUUAUAUUUUGUUACAUUAUUGAACUAUAUAUAUGUUAUACGCACACAUGUAUGUGUAUAUGUAUGGAUGUAUAUGUAUGUAUGAAUGUAUAUAUAUGCAUCCCUAAUUAUAUAUAUAAACCAUAUAUAUAUGAUUUAUGAUUUAAAUGUGAGACCAAUUUUGUAUAAAGGGGACACCUAGCUACUUCUAAAUAAAAUUUAAUACUUGUAUA